GUUAAUUUAUACGGGCUCAUUGCUAUGGAUAAGUGAACAAAAAAUGCACAACUUUGGUUAUAUUUUGCAUAAUAUGUAUUUUCAAAAAACUUUUAAAUUAGUCUCGUUAUAAGACAUAGGCCAGCUACACCUGUCGAGGUUGAGGAGAGAAGCCGCAACAGUGGAACCCUCAUCAGUGAAACCAAGUGAGAAUAUUUGGAAUGAAUGUCUUAAUAUUACUUACAUACGAGGGUCGUAUGAAAACUACCCGAUUUUGAAUAGAGAUGGCGCUGCUAGAACUAAAAAAAAUAUUUUGCUAAAAAAUACAACUCUUCAAAUAACACGUGUCAAAAUUUCUCAGCGAUAUGACAUUUACAACAAAUUUUAUACGUGUUAGAAUUGAGUUACUUUUGUGCUUUUUGUCAACAUGGAAAAAAUUGAAUAUCGAGCAGAGAUAAAAUAUUUGUUUUUGAAAAAGAAAACAAACGACGAAAUUAAAUCGGAAUUUAACGAAGUUUAUGGAGACUCUGGACCGUCAUUAACAACUAUAAAAUAUUGGGUAGCUGAAUUUAAACGCGGCCGUACGAGCAUUUUUGAUGAGGAACGUUCAGGUCGUCCAAAUGAGGUCACUACACCAGAAAUGAUUGAAAAAAUCCGUGAUAUGGUAAUGAGUGAUCGAAGAUUGAAAGUGCGUGAGAUUGGUGAGAGUGUGGGCAUUUCAAUUGAACGGGUUAAUAACAUUUUGCGAAAUCAUUUGGAUAUGAGAAAGCUUUCCGCAAGAUGGGUGCCGCGAUUACUCACAACACACCAUAAACAAACACGUGUUUCCAUUUCAAAUGAUUGUUUAUCAAUGUUAAACGCAAAUCCCCAGGAGUUUUGGCGUCGAUUUGUAACUGUCGAUGAAACGUGGAUUCAUCACUCCACACCAGAGACCAAAGAACAGUCAAAACAGUGGACUCGUCGUGGUGAACCAGCUCCAAAGAAGGCAAAGGCGAUAUUAUCUGCAAACAAGGUUAUGGCCACAGUAUUUUGGGAUGCGCGUGGGGUUAUACAUAUUGAUUACUUACAAAAAGGAAAAACAAUUAAUGGCGAAUACUACUGCAAAAUAUUGGGUGAUUUUGACAAGGCUUUGAAGGAAAAACGUCCACAUUUGUUGAAAAAAAAAGUUCUUUUUCAUCAAGACAAUGCUCGUGUACGCACAUGUGUCGUAGCCAUGUCUAAAUUCAAUGAAUUAGGCUACCAAAUGUUUCCUCAUCCACCGUAUUCUCCAGAUUUGGCCCCCUGUGACUUUUUCCUUUUUCCUAAUCUUAAAAAAUGGGUCGGCGGGAAAAAAUUUAGCUCAAAUGAUGAAGAAAUUGCAGCAACAAAUGCUUAUUUUGAAGGGUUGGAGAAACCCUAUUAUUCGGAAGGGAUCAAAACGUGGGAAAAACGUUUGCUUAAGUGUAUCGAGCUAAAAGGAGAUUAUGUUGAAAAAUAA